AUGGCAGAUAUCCUCACCCAACUCCAAACCUGUCUCGACCAACUCGCCACCCAAUUCUACGCCACCCUGGGCUACCUCACCACCUACCACGACAACUCCCCAGCCAUCCCUCCCUCCAUCCCCGACGCCGCUCCAGCUCUAGCACAAAUCCCCAAGAACUCAUCCGCUCCUCCAGUACCCGCGGGAGCCCCUGUUCCCUCCCAGUCAUCGCCGCCGCCGACGCAGACACCGGGACAGCAACCAUCGGCCCCAGGAGCACCUCCAGGAGGAUCAGGAGAAGGCGAUCCGAACAUCCCACCCGCGCCGGACUCGCCGCGCACAUUCGCCAGUCGACAGCGGGAGUUGGCGCGCGAUCUGAUCAUCAAGGAGCAGCAGAUUGAGUAUCUGAUCUCGGUGUUACCCGGGAUUGAUUCGAGUGAGGCGGAGCAGGGACGACGGAUUGCAGAGCUGGAGAAGGAAUUGAGAGGCGUGGAGCAGGAGAGGGAACACAAGAUGAAUGAGUUGGGUCGGUUGAGGAAGCGAUUGGAGGCUGUGUUGGGUGCUGUUGAGACGGGUAUUUAUGGCGAUCGGUGA